GCCACAGCACUGCAAAACGUUGGCACCGUUCUUUGAUGAAUAGGUUCCAAAACUUUUACUUCGCUUCUUUCAGGUAUGUGGCCUACAACAACGAACCGAACUGUACACUGUUGGCCCAGAAGCACUCAUUCACUUCAACACUACCAAUCCAGCUAAGGCCGAUCCGCGAGGAUUCGUGGUAGAGUAUGAAUUCUCGACAAGGUUUGUCGAUGUGGCACAGUUAUUGCAUGGACAAAAAGGUGUUACACAUAUGCGAGGCACAGAAUGUGAUAUUCGGGUGGAAAGCAAUCGAGAAACCACACAUUACAUCUAUUCACCAAAGGUGGGUCGUGGAGCGGGUUACGGUAGGCGUACUGUAGCUGCAUUAUCUCAAGUGUUUUCAAACUUUGAGAUUUUUUUGGAGUAA